AAAUUACUUUUCCAUAACCAAGAGCUAUUACUCCAAGGCCAAGCCUCUGCACAAUUCAUAAGUGGUAGGAUUAAAACACCUAGCACUGCGUGAGCAUCUUUUUGUUUCUUAGUGUAACUGCACAUUGACUUGAAAGUCAUUCGUUUUCAUAUAUAAUCAUAUUUCUCUACUGUUUGGGAUAUUUCAGUUACUAAGAUCUAGUUGCUGAUAAGUCAUAAAUGUUUUAAACACAGAUGUGAGUGCUUCAGGGUUUGGGUACAUAGCAAGUUUGUGUUAUCUUUUAUUCUCCUCAGGAAGCACAUGAGGAGCAUGAUACUUCUACUGAAAAUGCAGAUGAUUCUAACCACGAUCCUCAGUUUGAGCCCAUAGUUUCUCUUCCAGAGCAAGAAAUAAAAACUCUGGAAGAGGAUGAGGAAGAACUCUUUAAGAUGCGAGCAAAGCUCUUCCGGUUUGCAUCUGAGAAUGACCUUCCAGAAUGGAAAGAACGAGGAACUGGUGAUGUGAAACUCUUGAAACACAAGGAGAAGGGAACAAUUCGCCUCCUCAUGCGGAGGGAUAAAACCCUAAAAAUCUGUGCAAACCAUUACAUCACACCCUUAAUGGAGCUGAAGCCUAAUGCUGGAAGCGACAGGGCAUGGGUCUGGAACACACAUGCUGACUUUGCAGAUGAGAGCCCCAAGCCUGAACUUCUGGCAAUCCGAUUUCUAAACGCAGAGAAUGCACAGAAAUUCAAGGCGAAAUUUGAAGAAUGCAGGAAUGAAGUAGGCAAGACAGCAAAGAAAGCAGGCACAGACAAAAAUGAUAGUGCUGAUAAAGUUGCUGAAAAACUAGAAGAGCUUUCUGUAAAGGAAGAGAGCAGAGAAUCUGAGAAGAAAGAGACCAAGGAAAAAACUGAAGAAAAGCAAUAAAAUCAUCCUGGGCCUUGCCGUUUUUCCUUUACACUAUUUUUUUUUUUUUUAGGUUUUUUGGUUUUUUUGUUUUUCAUUUUUACAAGGGACUUUAUAUGGAACUGAAUUCAACAUUCACAUUGUUUUUUUCUAAGCUUUUGCCCUUUGGAAGGUGUCUUCAGAAAAAUUCAUUCCCCUGUCAUGAAAAUGUACUGUGCUAACAUUCUUUUCCAUAGUGGAAACACUUAUUUAUAGUCAUCCAAAAGAGUGAAUAAAACAAACUUGAAAACAGCAUCAGGGGACAGAACUGAGUUUUCUGUAUACUGUAAAGGCUUAUGAAUACACUUGUUUAGUUGAGCUACAUAUCAUCAUUCCUGUGGAUUAAGUAGGUUAACAGACUUUGUCAGGAGGGAAGAUUAGGAUUGUAUUUGUGUUUCUUAUAUGGCUUCUAAACUGUAAUCUAACAGACCUUUCACACCUGCUGCUGUGUGUACCUGACCAGGGAAUGUGCCUGUGCUUCUUGAAAUGCAGCAGACUUCUGGAAUCAGCCAAUUAGAGCAUUCCUGGCACGCUGCUGCUGCUGAUCCAUCAGACAGUGAAAUUAAAGAUGGGGGACAAAAUUUAUUAUGUCAGAUUUGAGAAGCAUUUUCCUCUCACAAAACAAAAUCUGUGCUUCCCUCCCCCCCCCCCAAAUUUGUUAAUAGUACAAAGGCUUGAUUCUAGCAGAAAGUUCCUCCUGUUGACACAGAUCUUCCAUGGUGCUGCUUGCUGACUGAAGGCAGCAGCAGCAGCAGCAGCAGCCUGUUACACUGAGGUGUGUGCAAAGGAAUCCGAGCUGUUUGAGUACCUUCCUGUGAGAUUCCCCUUGCCUUUUUUCCCAGGGCUUUGGAGCUCAUGUUUUUUACAAACUGGAGGAGUUUUGAACUUCUCAGAUGUUUGGUAGGGAGGCUGUCCCUCUUGGAGAGCAGCAGGCUGGAAUUCACUUUGGAACAGUCAAUUGUUGUGCACAUGCCUGAGGGACACCCUCCUUGCCAGAAUGGGCAAAUUGGUCAAAUCUCUUCCCUGCAAAUGUUUUCUGUUUACCCAGUUUCAAAUUAGUGGUAGAGAGUAAGAAAAAAAACAUAGUAAGCAAUAAAAUCAACACAAUUAAGUCUGAUAGAUAAAUUGAAUUUUGUUGUUAAAGACUAAUACAAGGAUUGUGUUAGGAUAGAGAUGAAAUUUUUAUAAUAGUUUCGAAAAUAAUUAUGAAAACUGGACAAAACUUGCUAAACUGUAAGACUGAAUGAUGUUAACAUGGGAUAGCAAGACCUUUUUGUUUUCAUAAAGAGGCUUUUAACUCAGGUUCUGCACUCUACCUGAGAAAAAUAUAUUUUUUAAAAAUAAAUCAAGUCUUUCUUCUUAGCACUGCCUUUUGAUGCUACAGUGAACAAGUCUUAAAUCUGGAACUGUAAUUAAGGUACUCACUUUAUUCACACAAAAUAAUUCCUUUGGUGUUUUGCACAUUCCCCUUCAACUACAGCAGAUAUCAGAAGUCUGUUAAUUAACAAAGAUGGUUGAAAGGCAAAAUAAAAUGCUCUUUAGUGUUUCUGGUUUGGAAAUAACAUGACAAAGCUAUUUUGAAGUAUUUAACAUUUGAAUGUAAAAGCCAAAUCUUUAUCCAUGAAUCACUGUAAAUGAUCUGAUAAUGUCAAACUGUGUCUAAAUUGAUAGAAAUUACUUAAAAAUUUCAAAAUAAACUUAAAUUUUCAUUUAAAGGA